GUAGUGGGCGGGGGUCACCCGCGGGGAUGGUGGCGAGGGCAGGCCACGCAGCAGGGGGGGAGGGAUCAAACGCGGGGGAAGGGGCGACGGCAGGGGUGAAGGCAGGCGAUGUCGCUGGGGAGGGGGACGACGACGACCCAUUGGUGAACAGGCUGCGCCAGCGGAAUACGCGGGAAGGAAUGGAGGCGGCGGCGAAGCUGUGGGUGGAUGACCUCUGGUUCUGGAACGAGAGGGAGGGAUUUGUCAUCGUCAAGUUGAUCGUGGAGGCACGCGGUUAUCUUGUGGCUGUGGCGAGGGGAGAGCAGCCUCCGGCCAUUCGUCGCAGCAUCGUCUUGCCUCACAACAACAUCCCUCAGCACAAGAUCACGGACGAGUCGGAGUUAAACGCUGCGAAGGAGAGGGCGCUAAAGGUUCAGGGGAUCGCUUUGCGGGUGAUACACGGGCACGACGACGACGGCUUGGCGGCUUAUCAGGAGGCGAGUAUCCAGCGACGGGUGGGGGCUUUCACGAGCGCCGUGAUCAUUGUGGAGGCGACGGACGGCGGCCGUGUAUCGCACGAAAGGUUGAAGACCAUGGCCGACGCGAUGCGGAUAAUGCUCGCGGCGACCAUGUGGCUCAUGCGGAUGGCGGGUGACGAUCAUCGCGCGCAUUACGACGCCUGGGUCUUCGUCCAACUCACGGCGAAGUCGACGCUCGUCGCAUCCAUGCAUCGCUGCUUCGAUGCUCGUCGGCACAUCGUGCAAGCUGCGACCGUAAUCACCGACAAGUUGGCGAGUCCCCCCAUCACUUUGAUCGACCCUCCAAUGUAUGUUCCCGACUGGGCGUCCAUCGGUGUGAAGCUCUCACACGACGCCACGCUGUUUUCCCCGAUGGAGGCGAAGAAGGUGGAUUGGCUGGGCACAGGCCCCCGGGAAGACGAAGACGACGGGAAAGGCGACGAACAGGGAAGCGGGGGGGGUCGAUGACGCCUUUUAGUCAUCUAUGUAGUUUUUCCUCGCGUGAUGCUCCUCUGCCGUGGCUUGUUUUUCGAC